GAGUGGAAGUGGUUAGGGUCGCAUGAUUAUUUUCGAAGAAUUUUUGUGGAUGGCUUGUUUAUAUCAUAUCGUUAUGUUUUACGUGUGACCCACAUUACUUUCAAUAUGUCCAAGCUCUUUUUACAUGAAUAUAUUCGAUGAAAGUGAUCAGUUAUGGGCGGAAAGGAGUCGAAGCUCACCUGCAUUUCUUACGAGGAUGCCGUCAAAAGAGUCAGUGAUGCAGACCUGAAGCGGCUGCGCGAGGCAGCCAAGCGGCUGGGUAAUGCUAGUGGCACCAUCAGUCGGCAGACAUUCUUUCAUGAUGUGCUGGGUGAUAAUGUUCCAGCCUCACAAGCAGAGAUCAUCUACACCGCAUGCAGUGGUGGUCAGAAGGGCAUCAGCUUCAAGGACCUGCUGUGUGGCCUCGUCGUCAUUACAAGGGGGACUGUCGAGGAGAAAAUUAAGCUGCUGUUCAACGUGUACGCCGGCGAGGGCGGCCAGUUCAUCACCCGCACGUCCAUGCUGAAGGUGGUGCAACAGUGCGAGGGCAAGACCAACGUGGACGGCUUCAGGGCGCUCUUCAAGUCGGAGGAACGCGUGGGGUACGCCGAGUACCGCGACUGGGUACAGCUGUACUCGCACGCCACAGAGCUGAGCACGUGGCUCCUGUCGGCCGACUCGGGUCUGAAGCUGUCGGACGAUCUGGAGACGCCCACCUUCUACCAGUCGCUGGCCGGAGUCACACACCUUGAAGAGCGGGAGAUUCUGGAGCUGGAGCACAAGUACUGGAGUCUGAAGGCGCAGUCUCGCUCGGGCCGGUUCGACCGCGAGCUGUUGGCGCCGCUGGUCACACCGCCGCUGCCGGAACAGAUGCUCGACGGCUUCUUCAACGCCUUCGACGAGAACCGCGACGGCCACAUCGACUUCAAGGAGAUGGCGUGCGGCAUUUCGGCGAGCUGCCGCGGCCCUCAGCUGGAGCGGCAAAAGUUCUGUUUCAAGGUGUUUGACGGCGAUCGUGACGGCCGGCUGAGCGAGUCGGAGGUCCGGCUGAUGGUGGACGCUCUACACGCCAUGUCGGCCGAGGUCUCACCGGCAGAGACGGACGCGCUGGUGGCCCGCAUCCUGUCUGGCUCGGAGAACGGCACCCACCUCACCCAGGAGGAGUACCUUAUGUGGACUCUGGACAACCCGCUGGCGGACUACUGCCCCAGUCUGCUCUUCCAGGUGUGUCACGUGGUGCUGGGCCUGAAGCCCCGCACGCGGCUGGAGGAGGCGGACAUUGUGCUGGGCUGGCUGUGUCGCCAGGAGUCGCUCGGGUACCGGGUGGGGGCGCUCUGGUACCUGGUCAACAUGGCCUGGUGGAACGCCUGGACCGACUACGUCAACUACCAGCCGGAGGUGGGCCCGGCGGCCGGUGCCGCCGCCUCCCAGACCUCACUGGGCUCCACCAGCUCGGGUCACAGCACGCUGACUCGCUCCCACAGCCGGGAUAAGAAGUGCAAGGCGGACGCGGUGGUGGCCAACGAUGUCGGUCCCGUGGUGGUAACCAGCGUGAAGACUCUCUCGGAGAACCCUAGCGCCGACUGUUUGCGGCCGCGCCAGGGCGGUCUCCGUUCGGCGGCCUCCACCGUCUCCAUAACGGGCCUGGAGAGGGCCGGCACCCCGUCCCCGGCGCCCUCACCCAACCCGAGCCGGAAGCUGACGCCGGGGGCUGUACCGGCGGCGCCGCCCCGGCCCGGCGCCGUGGACAACCUGCCGCUCGUUCAGACUCCGGCCAAUAAGGUGACCAACCUCACUGGUGAGGGCGGUCGGUUACGGACGGACGUCACACUGACGCGCGGCCGCGACUUCGAGCUGGUGCCGGAGAGCCUGUGGAAGGCGCUGGUGCAGUGGUACGGCGGCGCGCCGGGCCUGCCUCGUCAGGUGAUCCAGCCAUCUCCCGGUGUAUCACUGGAGCUGGAGCUGUACCCGAUCAACCUGCGCCUGCUGCGGCACCAGGCGGCGCCGGCGGCUCGCGGCGCCCAGACCUCCUGGUCCGGAUCGGUCGGUGGGUACUCGGGCGUGCCGCUAGUGGACGUCUCCUCCUACUCCAACAUGCUGAGCGGCAGCACGGCGCCCAAGCGGUACCUGGCCUACACGGCGGCCUUCAGUCGCCAGGCCACCGUCCGGCAACUGUACGAGUUCCUCGGCUCCCGGCUGCGGCUACGGCCAGAGGACACCCGGCUCUGGCACGUGCGGGACGAGAACAACAUGGUGCUAUGGGAGGACGAGACGCCGACACUGGAGCAGCUGCGAGUGCUCGACAACGACCAGGUACUGAUCGAGGUGCGAAACAAGGACCAGACCUGGCCAGAAGAGAUGUCCACCAUCGCCAACCUCAGCCGCGCCCAGGCAGCCAAACACCGGCUAGCGCCGAUCGAGAAAGGCGUCACGGGUCUGAACAACGUGGGCAACACAUGCUUCAUGAACACGGCGCUUCAGUGCUGCAGUAACACCACGGCGCUCACAAAGUACUUUGUCGACAACAUGCACCUCUACGAAGUCAACCGGAAAAACCCGCUGGGAAUGAAGGGUCACAUAGCGCUAUGUUACGCUGAGCUAAUCCAGGAGAUCUGGCGGGGUACCACCAAGACGAUAGCGCCGCUCAAAUUACGGUUCACGAUCGGCAAGUACGCUCCGCGGUUCAGCGGCAUGCAGCAGCACGACGCGCAGGAGCUGCUGGCCUUCCUGUUGGACGGGCUGCACGAGGACCUGAACCGGGUGCACGACAAGCCGUACGUGGAGCUGCGUGACAGCGAGGGACGCCCGGAUGUCAUCGUGGCGCAGGAGGCAUGGGAGAACCACAUCCUGCGCAACAAGUCGAUCGUGGUGGACCUGUUUCACGGCCAGCUCAAGUCCAAAGUCACCUGUCGGCAGUGCCACCACGAGAGCGUGCGGUUCGACCCGUUCAAUGUACUGUCGCUGCCUCUGCCCAUGGAGAACUUCACUCACAUGGAGAUCACAUUGGUACGUCUGGACGGCUCAGUACCCGUACGGUACGGGCUGCGGCUCAACAUGGACGCCCGCUACUCGGCCGUCAAGCAGCAGCUGCAGCAGAUGUCGGGCGUCAACGAGGCCAGCAUCCUCAUCUGCGAGCUGGCCGACCCGCUUGUGAAGUACGUCGUUCCCGACGACCAGCGGGUGCGCGGCUCGACGGCCGGCCUGUACGCGUUUGAGGUACCGGCGCUGUGUCACCGACCGUGCUCUUCCCGGGCCGGCUCCGGUGUCAGCGAGUCGAGUGACCACGGCCAGCGACCGCCGCCGGCCGGUGUGCCCAACGGCGCCGCGCACCAGCCGAAUGGCGAACUGCCGCACGAGGAGGAGCCUGCCGCCGCCGGCGGCCGGUACGCCGACUCGGACGCGGCCAGCACCGCCUCGUCGGGCGUCAGCUGCCACCUGGACCUGGACGACCUGCACAAGGGCUUCGUGGUCGCCUACCACCGCAAGAUGGAGCGCCAGGAGGCGUACCUGCUGUCGGCGCAGAAGACGCGCCCGCUGCUGUUCGGCCUGCCGGUGAUGGUGCAGUGCGGCGCGGAGGUGUGCGGUGCCGAGCUGUACCGCGCCGUCUGGACACAGGUGGCGCGGCUCGUGUCGCCGCUGCCGCCCGCCUCCGAGCUGGGCCUGGCCAACCACGCGCAGGACUGCGACGACAGCCUGGGCUACAAGUACCCGUUCGUGCUCAAGUGCGUCAACAAGACGGGCUCAGCGUGCUCGCACUGCGCCUGGUACCGGUUCUGUCGCGGCUGUGUGGUGUCGUGUUCGGACGCGCCGCUGCCGGUGACGCCCGCCUACCUGGCGAUCGACUGGGACCCGACGGCGCUCCACCUGCGCUACCUGGGCGGCCAGGAGAAGGUGUGUUUGGAGGACCCGUCCGUACCACUAAUGCGCCAGCGUCAGACGGAGCCCAUCGAUCUCAACAGCUGUCUGCAGGCGUUUACUCGCGAGGAGGCGCUCGGCGAACAGGAAAAGUACUACUGCUCAAAGUGCAAGACGCACCAGUUAGCACUCAAGAAGCUGCAGAUCUGGAGGUUACCGCCCAUACUGAUUGUGCACCUGAAGCGGUUCCAGUCGGUCGGCGGCCGGUGGGUCAAGUCACAAAAGGUGGUCAACUUUCCGUUUAAGGACUUUGACCCGACCGACUACCUGGCAUCUGUGCCUCGGCAAACGGUGCUCCACCACCGCGCUGAGUUGGGUGAGCUGUCGGCCGACUCGCCCGAGCUCGACUGGGACGUGCUCUCCUCGGGCGACUCGACCUCGUCGGGCGCCGCCUCGACCACCCCCUCCAGCGCCGGACUGCGGGCGCCGCUCUCCGCCGGACAGAGGGGCCGGAUCCGGAACGGCUCCGUCAUGUACGGCGACGUGCUGCAGGAUUUCCACCAGCAGCGACUGAAGGCCGGCAGGGACCCGCUGCUGCUGCGGUACCGGCUCUACGCUCUCAGCUGCCACACGGGCAUCAUGGGCGGCGGCCACUACGUCUGCUACGCACAGAACGACGCCGGAAAGUGGUUCUUCUACAACGACAGCUCGUGCAAGGAGGUGCCGGAGUCACAGAUCGACACCAACUCUGCCUACAUCCUUUUCUACGAGCGGGACGGCAUCGACUACGACAGCUACAUGCCCAAGGUGACCGGUAAGCCGGUAAACAAGGAAGAAGUGCAGCAGGAGUACGAGAACGAGUUCAAAAAGGUGUGCUCCGUUAUGUGACUGGAACUGGCCGGGGUCCGCUGAGCCAGCCGGCGACGGCUGCUGAGCGAGCCACACAUCCGCUGCUGAAGUCUGCCGAAACUGCUGACCACCGCUGCGUGGCUGCUGACAUCUGCUGAGCGAGCCGCAUUAUACAGCGCUGGCAUCUGCGGAGCGAGCCGCCGACGGAUGCUGAUCAACGCUGACAGUUCGCUGAGCGAGCGGCAUACGCUGCUGAACACUGUUUCGGACGGGCUCUGAUGUCUGCUGACGCUGACUGAGGGGCCGGCUGGCUCCUGUAUUCUCAGUGACUGAAGGGCGCUGAUGGCUGUAUUAUCAGUGACUGACGGCUGUCUCACGUCUGCUGACGGCUGUCUCACGGUUGCUGAAAGGUGCUGCCGUGAGCCACUGGGACAGUAACUUGUGAUUGCCGUUUCUGCUGGAGUGCUGGGACUGAUCUCGCCGUACGGCCGGCCGCCGUGUGUGUGUGUUUGGGACUGGCGGCGGCCGCGACUGGGCUGUCACUGAGCACCGAGCACCCGGGCGGGCGGGGCGUCCCGCCGACUGCGGCGGACUGAAGGCGGGUACUGGACGGGACCGGACGGGCGGGGGGGGGGGGGGGGGACACCCGGCGGGACGCGCCGGGUCCGUUUCAGCUGUGGACCGAGUGCCAGUGGGCUGGCUGACUGACCAGACCGGGCGGCUGGUCGUGCUGUGUUGUCACGCGUUGUGUACCGGGGAUGGGAGGGGGCUGUGUCGCCACAUCGGUAUCCUUAGCAGCUAGUGUGGCGGUGGGGCCGACACACUUUUGCGUUCAUGUGCUAGUACAAAUAAUCGGUGGUCGGUCGAGGCCGGCCACACUCGCUUAUCAUGCCAGUUACGUACAGUUGAUUUACGCACCGUUUAUUGCCCGCGCAUGCCGAAUCAAAACGUCUAUUCUUGUUAGGGCUGCUGGCGCGCGCCGUUUCGGCCCGCUGUGAGUCUGCCGCCGGUGGGCCGUGCAAUAAUUUGGUGACGCGGCCGGCGGGGCGCUGGGGCGCGCGGGCGACCCGCCGCCGCCCCCGCCCACACCGGGCGGCCGGCCGCUGAUUGAUCCUGAGUUGACGCCGACGGAGAUUACGUACGUACCACAUAUAUCCGUGAAUAGUGUAUAGCCGCCGCGGCUGCGCCCAUUUACAUGACGUGUGAUAAUCGAAUCAUUUAUCUACUUAGCCUCGCGGCGGCCGCGGGCGGCCCAGUAUGUAUCUGUUUUCUUAGCCUGUGUAGCGCGCCCGGCGCCGCCGAGGCCAGUGUGGGCGACGGCCCGCCUUGCGAGUGGGGCCGACGGGCCCGUGCGUGCGGCCUGGCCAGAGCUGUGUCCGUACUGUCCUGUGAUCCAAUAUAUCCCAGACUGUGCAUG